ACCCCUGUGCCCCACUCCCAUUAGAAAUCAACAUCCAGCCGCCAAGUUCGCCGAUCCAUUGCUAUUUCGACGGUUGAUCUAUGACUAGAACACCACGUGUACAUUUGUCGCGGGCCUGCUGUUACAACUACGUCGUUUUGGAGUUAUCGUGCGUCCCUCAAAGUCAAUUCUUACAGAGUUAUCUACUUCACUGACAGAAAUAGACGCCUUUGCAUUUGCAGAGAAACAAUCCAAAAAUGUCGAAUUCCGGCCAGUCUAGCCGCGCUCCAGCGGCUAAUUUGGACCCACGGGUCCCACUCCUGAAACUGUCAAUGGUGCGGGAGAGAAUGGAUUCUCUGCAGCAAUUUCUUUCAAAUUCGGUGAACAGCAACGCUUUAAUGAGUAAAGAUGAGAUGGAUAUGGUCUCAGCAGAGAUAUCAACGGCAAUCCAACAGAUUAUUGUGAAUGGUACUGCUCUACUUUCGUGUUCCCAAUCUGUUGACAAACAUUCAGAUCUGAAAACUCAAACAAAAAUCACUAAUCAAUCAGAGAAUAAGAAGUCGAGUCUAGAAGUAGAGGACAAGGAUGAUCUGGAUUUGGAAUUGGAUAGUGAUAUCGUAGAGAUGGACGCAGUUGAAUUACUUGCAGAACAUGUUCAUUUCUGCGAGAUUUGCGGGAAGGGUUUCAAGCGAGACGCUAAUUUAAGGAUGCAUAUGCGUGCCCAUGGGAACCAGUUUAAAACUCCGGAGGCUUUAUCAAGGCCUGAUAAAGGGAACGAGUUUUUAGCGACGGGGAGGAAAAGGAGAUUCUCGUGUCCGUACGAAGGAUGUAAUAGGAACAAGAAGCACAAAAAGUUCAGGCCUUUAAAGUCUGUGGUUUGUGUAAGGAAUCAUUUUAAGAGGAGUCAUUGUCCGAAGAUGUAUUCUUGUAAUCGUUGUAAAAAGAGGAGUUUCUCUGUGGUUGCUGAUUUGAGGAGUCACUUGAAGCAUUGUGGCGAGUCCAGAUGGAGGUGCUCUUGUGGGACUACUUUUUCGAGGAAAGAUAAGCUCUUUGGUCAUAUGACUUUGUUUGAAGGACACAUGCCUGCUGUUGUUGGGGAAGAUGAGGAUAAGGAUAAGGGCAAGAGUGGGGCUGUAGCUGUAGAGGAAGAUGAGGAGGAGGAAGGGGGGGUUGUGAAAGGGGAGAAAUUGAUCGGGAAUUGUAUGGAUAAUGACUUAUUUGAGGGUUUGCUUGAAGGGUUUGGUUCUUUUGAUGAGUAUAAUUUGCAGGAUGUUUUUUUUGAGUCUCCUAGUAACAGCAGCAACAACAACAACAAUUGGGGUCAUGAUGAUUUUUAUGGUUUUAGCCAGUCUUGAUUGAUCAGGUACAUGCUUGAUGUUGGCCAUGAUUGAUACAUCUGUUGUUGUUGGGUGAAUAUCUAUAUUAUUCUUUUACUGAGUACAUUAAUUUUUGUAAUUAUAGCUUAUUUCUUGAAUAAUUUCUGACUUGCUUGUUCCUGGAAA